AUGAAACGAAGUCACCCUCAUUUCGAAGCCAGUGACGAUACCUCGUCCAUUUCGUCUCCCCAGGGUGCCUAUGUGCACCAGCCUCUCUCGGAAAAUAAUACCCAGCAAGGCAUAGGACACAUACCCAAGAUAUCACGGCGGAUACGCGCAUGCACGGAAUGCAAGCGGCAUAAAGUCCGAUGUGAUAUAAAGUCAGGGGAGUCGGUCUGUCACCGAUGUCGGCGUAUGGGGCUAGAAUGCAUCGUCAACAAGAGUCUGCAGACGUUGCUGGAUGAUGAAGCCGAGUGGAAGACAACUAUAGAACUCGCUAUGACAGAUUUGCUUAGGAAAGCUCAGUUGCCGGAGCUUUCAUACUACCAGGCCCUGGGUAGGUCAACUGAGGCACCACCCAAAAAGAGAGGUCGAAAAGAAUCUACAGUUUCUACCGAAGAUACUGGUGCUGUGGUUGAGAAUGACAGGAAAGUAAAUUCAGUUGACAUCGGUGCGAUUACGACACCAGGGGGACGCGGCAUAGAUACUCGACCGUUUCGGCAACAGUCACAAUUUGCCCUCGACAGAGAAGAAAAUGGGACGUCUUCGUUGGUCACAGCUCCAAUGGGAAGCUUGUACGAAGUGACUCAGUUGAGCGACAUUCAAGCGAGAACUCCCGAACGGCAAUAUGCCCCCGACAGGGCGCUAGUCACAGACUUCGUUUCUCGAGGAAUUGUGGAUUUACAAGAGGCGGAAGAGCUAUUCUUCAAUUUUGACCAGGUGCUCAAUCGGUAUUUAUGGGACGGCAUAGCACUCGUACACAAAGAUCUUACUUCCGUCCGCAAUUCUUCCUCGAUGCUCUCUGCUGCUAUCCUUGCUGUGACGGCCCUCCAUAUGCCCAAUAAAGAGAGGACAUUUGAUACCUGUUACACUGAAUUUGCCAAAUUGGCAUCUGAAUCUAUGCUUGAUAGACACCACACCUUGGAUGAUUUACGUGCAUUAUGCAUAGGGGCGUUUUGGCUCGCGGAUGUUAGUUGGAAGCUUUCUGGGUAUGCUGUCCGCAUUGCAACGGAGCGAAACCUACAUCAAUCUUAUCGCAAGGCUACACAAGGCUCUCCAGAACAUAUAGAACAGGCCAGGUUAUGGUAUCUCCUUUAUACAUUGGAACAUCAUUUCUCUAUCGCAUAUGGGCGGCCACCCAUAAUCCACGAGGAUCACAGCAUCACAAACCAUGCUACUUUUGUUCUAUCACCUACAGCCACACAAUCUGAACUACGCCUCCAUAGUCAGGUUGACCUGUUCAUUAUUCUCACCCGGAUAUACCAUGCUUUCGGUCCUGACGUUGACCUAGAAGUACCUGAGAGUGAAUUCAGCACCAUUGAAAAAUUUGAUGCCGACUUGGGAGAAUGGCAGUCAACAUGGUUUCCUCGGUUAGCUGGAAGUCGAUACGUCGGUGCGUACCCUUACAAGGCCGUCUAUUUGCACUACCACUUUUCUCGUUUACAGCUGAAUUCGGUUGCCUUGCGGACUUAUCACUCUUCGACUUCCACUCGGUUCAUGUCUGAUGGACGGAAGAAAUAUGCAAAUAUGGCCAUCCAGUCAGCCAUUGGCACGCUCCUGGUCGUUCUGGAUGAACCGGAUAUUCAAACAGCACUGGUUGGUGUUCCACUGUAUCUCCACAGUAUGAUAACUUUUGCUGCUGUAUUCUUGCUCAAAAUUGCCGCAAAGGGCUGCUCGAGCAACAUACCUGGCAAUCAGCAGAACUCUAUUGCGUCGGCUGGUCUGCUAAUCGACGUUGCUUAUGUGCGUGCUUUGGUCGGACGAGUCAUCGAGCUGAUGAUAUCCUGUAGCAAGCGGGCUAGCGAGCGCCAUCUCAGUCAUCAUAUAGCCCGUGGUUUGAGGAAAAUGCUUACGGGACUAGAGGAAUGGGAGAAGCGAAGAUCUUGCAGCCAGCAGUCAACCGGACAGCAUUGUCGCGACCAUUCAUCCAUGUUCAAAUCAAUUAUUAUCCCCGGUGCGCAGCCACUGGGUGAAAGAGACACCAUAUUGACACAUCCUCCCCCACUACUAGGGGUGGCGCCUUUGUCUGCAGAACGAGGCAAUGGGUUUGAUCCUGAAGCUGCCCGGGCGAAAGCACAAACUGGCCUUUCGGAGGGCUCUUUAGAUCCUAUGAUGGCCGACCCAUGGGGCUUUGACGAAGAAUACUUUCCUACUGGGGUUUUCGAUUUCCUGCAAUCCCAGAUGCCUGCUUAA